UUUAUCUCGUUAGAAAUAGGUUUUAUUUUUGUGAAAUGCAUCACAUAAUUAAUAAAAAAUAGUCUAUAUCGUUGGUAAUAUUGACACUGUGUUGCCUUGUUAUUUUAGCAUCCGGUAGGCUGUAGAUAUGUGCAAAAAGUGUUAAGGAAAAAAAGUGCGCCAUAUUGCCUGUAGCAAAGUGCUGUGUUUGUCUGCAGUGUGUUGUGAAAUGUGUGUUGUUUGUACGUCUGUGAAGUACUUAAUGGUUUUAGAAGCAAUAAUAAAGUUUACAAAUUGAUGAAUCAUAAUUUGGAGAAAAUGUUUAUACCGUAUUUAUACGAUUCUUGCGUGCGACUAUUCUGGACACAUUGUUCAGUGAGAUCAAAUUAAAUUUUUUAGCAGAGCAAGCGGAAUUCAUGAAGAUUAGACGUAAGCGAAAUGUGUAGUACAAUGCCCCUGACUUUCAGCUUUUGUAAGUGCUUCGUGGAGCUGGACGUCGUUCAUAUUCCAUUGGAUGGCUACAGAAUUAGAGACGAGCGACUUCAUAGUCGCAGGCAGGUUAACAGUAAUGCGACGUUCAGGCAGCUGUAAACAGUUUCGUGUGUUUCACACUGAAAAAGCCCAUACGAAGUCCACAUAGAAAGGAAAAUUGCUUUCUAGUGGAAAUAUGUGUUAAAAUCAAUCAAAUAAAUGGAGACUUUUGUUAAAAGAUAUCCUUUACUUUAUAUCUGUUUACCUCCGUGAGGCCUAAUUUGUGUUCAGGGCCUAUUUAAGUACAAAUAUCCCCACCGUUCAGGUAUUAAGUGCCAAAGCCUCACAGAGACAGUGUGCUAUGAUCAAUGUGACGUUAAGGCAGUCUGUUAAUAGCAUUUGUAAGAGCAGGACGAAAACUCGUCAGAAGCAAUGGUUGGCAGCUGGUGCAUCAAGUCUACAUUCCUGGUCAUCGCAUGCUUCUGUUUCGGGUUUCUGGGUGCCCACGUGCCACACAAGCUGCAAUGUGAGUUCUACAAUCGAUCAUCCUGCAUCAGCCAGGGCUUCGGCUGCGAUGCUGUCCAGGAGUGUGCAGUGCCGGACGCUGGGAAGAACAACUACUGCUACGUCGUCUGGAGCAACAACAGCUUGGGUGAAAUUGUCGUCUCCCUCAAGGGCUGCUUCUUAAGCAAUGUACAGUGCCAGAACCGGACGGAGUGUGUGGAGCAGAACGAAAACCCGAAUCACAAUGUCUUCUUCUGCUGCUGCGAGAGAGACCUCUGCAACCACAACUUCAGCUGGCAGCCGCAACCUGCACCACCUCGACCCACUUCUUUCCCCCCAGUCACGACUCCCAGGAACAGCAGUAUGGUGAGCACAAUAGUCUGCACCAUCGUGCCAGUGGUGCUGUUGGCAGUAGCGAUUGCAGUACUGUACUACGUCUACCGGCAGAGGAAUCUCAGCCACUUCAACGAGGUGCCAAUUGCAGAACCCCAUCCUCUGCCACAACUGUCACCAAUUCUGGAUUUUCGUCCGAUUCAGUUGCUGGAGAUCAAAGCACGGGGUCGCUUCGGUGCUGUCUGGAAGGCACAGUACAAAAAUGAAACUGUUGCUGUCAAGAUCUUCCCACCUCAGGACAAGGAAUCGUGGGCAGCAGAAUACGAGGUAUACCGACUGCCGCGUAUUUCUCACGAGGCGAUCCUGCAGUUUGUCGGUGUGGAGAAACGUGGAGACAACCUGCAGGCGGAGUACUGGCUGAUCACCGCCUUCCACGAGAGGGGCUCACUGUGCGACUACCUCAAAAGUAACCUCGUCACUUGGCCGGAGCUCUGCCGCAUUGCGGAAUCCAUGGCCAGGGGCCUUAUGCACCUGCACGAGGAGAUCCCGUCCCCCAGGGGAGAUCUGCACAAGCCAGCUGUCGCCCACCGUGACUUCAAGUCUAAGAACGUUCUCCUCCGUGCUGAUCUCUCUGCGUGUGUUGCCGACUUUGGACUGGCACUGAUUUUUGUGCCCGGGAAACCCUGUGGAGACACUCACGGCCAGGUGGGAACGCGCCGCUACAUGGCGCCGGAGGUACUCGAAGGCGCCAUAAACUUCUGCCGCGACUCGUUCCUGCGCAUCGACAUGUAUGCGUGUGGCCUGGUGCUGUGGGAAUUGGCAUCGCGGUGCACUGGCCCUGACGGUCCAGUUUCAGAGUAUCUAUUACCUUUUGAAGAGGAAGUCGGACAGCACCCAACUCUCGAAGACAUGCAAGAAUGCGUCGUACAGAAGAAAGUUCGCCCUUGCUUGCGUGAGCACUGGCGCAGUCACCCGGGCAUGGCUGUGCUUUGCGACACCAUAGAGGAAUGUUGGGACCAUGAUGCAGAAGCGAGGCUUUCUGCCAGCUGCGUCGUAGAGAGGCUUUCCAUGCAGGCGAGGUCAAUGUCCUGCACAAAAGAGCACAUUUAAUAAGUGGAUAGCUUCUGUCACAAAUGCAGCCACUAUCGACAGUGUUCGAUUUUGGGGCGGUAAGUCUGCCGUCCACAAAUCUGUCUGGGAAAUGACGGACGUACGCGGAGUGCGUAUUUUUGUCGAGCCGUGUGGGUAUUUGGAGAGCAUCUCUCAUCGUCUCACAUGGUGCCACAGUUUUCUUCUCAUGAGUACGCCUCACCAGCCAAACACAGUAGUUCCUCUGAAUUUUCCUCUGUAAUUUACAUAGCAAAGAUAAAGUCUGCCUUUGAAAGCUGCUCAGAUUACUGCAGACGUUUUGACCUCAUACGGGAGUGUUUCAGUGCUCCUCCGCACUGGAGAGUACUGCUAGAGGUCCGAAGAGUUUCGUUGGGAUGUUUGCAGUGACUAUUUGUACCUCUUCUGUCAGUGACUUGCUUGCUUUGUGGCUAUGCACCUAAACAUUAAAGCAGAGGAGACAGACCUGCUCUUAUAAUUGAACUUGGCACUUUGGAAAUUUAUGCUCAGUAGUAACUGUAUGUGUAUAUAUAUGUAUGUCUUAAUUAUUGUAGCAGGCAGGCAUAUAAUUUGUCUGAAAUAUUUAUGUUGCGGGGCAAAAAAGAGAGACAUAUUUUAGAAUGGCAGACCUGUGCAGGCACAAGGCUGCCAAAGUAAAGAAUUGGCCUAAAUUGUGGUCCAUGGCUAUCACCAGUUUCUUUUUUAAUAAUUGUGCGGAUGGUAAUUCACUGGUGCUAACGACAUAGAUUUUGAAGCUAAACAUUAGUGCCCUCUUUUAACACUGACGUAAAUUGAAUUGUUAUUCUCAUUAUCUCUCACGUAGCCACUGAAAGGACGAGAACAGUAGCUUGUGUAUAGAAAUCCAAAAGAUAUAAAUGUUUGAUAUCUAGUGAAAGACAUUUUGUAUUGUUUAGUUUACUGAAUGUGUAUUAUGUGUACAGCAUACUGGCAAUAAUUUUUAACAUGUUCAUACAUGGAUUUUUCUCAGAAGGAUAUCAAUUUAAAAAAAAGAUCUUUAUAUGGAUGUUAUUUUUAAACACAGUUUUUGAAACAGUAACUUUCAAGGUUUGUGGGAAAUUAACCUUUAGUAUUUGCUCUAAAAAAUUUUCAAAACUCAUGUUUGCCUUACAACAUAGCGACGAAAUGCUUGUCGGGAAAGGAGAUGUGCCGUGACUACCAGCCUUUGAGACAUCAGCAGUGUAUUCUUGUAAAAUAUUGUCUAUGUAAAAUUUGUAGUGUGUAGUGUAAGUGGUUCUCAAUUAACCUCUGUUAUAUUGAAUGCUUUUGCAUUAGAGUGAUUGUUAUGUGUGUCGAGAGAUUUGAUGGUUGCAUACUUUCGUGCAAGAGUAGGUGCGACGUGUAUCCUUAUUAGUUAAUUUUCUUGUAUCAGGUUGUCUACUAUUAUGCAAAAUAACUUUAGUGCUUUGAGUAACAAAUAUUUGGAGUUAUUUUAUUCAUUUAUUUGUGUAAAGGAAUCAUUGUCUUUUUAAUGAAGGUUUGUCUCAGUUU